UCUUUUUCUGUUUCUUUUAAUCGAAUCUUUCAAUUAUAAAUAUAUUAUACUAUAAAAAAUUAUUAGGAAAUAUAUACAAGUUAUAUAGCAUAUUACUGUAAGUAAUAAUAUUCUUUUUGCAUUAGUAAUUUAUCUCUUUGUCGUAGCAACUGUGUUAAUUAAAAUUGACGGCUCCACCUUAUCAUGAAGGUACCAAAGCGUUAUUCAUUUCGGUUUACACUUUGCAUCGUUUAUUUCAUGGCUGAUCCAUUAGCAAAUCCAACGCUGAAGAUCGCUCGAUAAGCGAAAAGGCAGCGAGUCUCCGCUCUAUGUUUUAUAUUCUAUGGGAGUUGGUGAAACGAUCGAAAAGCUUGGUCAGUUGUAGCGCCGACUCAGCUCGAAGUUGUGUAGUUUAAAGGCACAUCACUGUACAAAAUAGACGCACGUUUUUUCCGUAUUAAGUAACGUAGAGAGCAGUAAGAUUUUGCGUAGAGACAACGCGAGAAAAUUCGUACGAGGAUGCCACGCAUUCAGUCAGCAUACUGGGGGAAAUUCGUAUUCGUAUAUAUUUUACAAUUAUUUUCAUAUGCAACUUGCACGGUGCAUGUGCGACUGAUAGCACCCAACUACGUAACAUACAACAGCACAGCUACUCUGCAUUGCAAUCAUACUGUCCCAGAUGCUUACUUACAUAAAGUCGAGUUCAUGAAGGAUGACAAGAAGAUAUUACAAUACAUAAAGGAUAGGAAACCGCCGUUCAAGGACUGGAAAGUAGAGGGCGCAAGCAUGAAGCGCUUUGAAAAUGGCACGACAAUCAAAUUAGAGAAUGUCCGUUACGAGGCAUCCGGUUCGUAUAGCUGUGAAGUUUCGAUGUCGACUCCUAUUUAUAGCCAGACUUCGGAAAGCGUUCCAAUGAAAGUUAUAGUCCCACAGACUGAAAACCCAAAAAUCACGUUCGAGAAAAGCAUGUACGUGGUCGGUGAAAGUUUAGAGGCAAACUGCACCUCCUCGGCUGCGCAUCCAGUUCCUCACUUGACUUGGUACAUAAACGGCAAGGAGGUGGAUAUUAGUCUGGUAAACCACUAUCCUCACACGUAUUACGAACACCAACUAAUGUCAGCUACUGCAAAACUAAAGAUAGAAGUAUCCGCGUUGCAUACAGGGGAAAAGGGUUAUUUGGAAAUCAGUUGCUAUUCAACUAUUCCUGAUUACCCAUUACACCACGUGCAGUACGCUGAUGUUAGGACGGAAUCGGUUUCAGUGCAAAUUAUACCCGCGCCGAUCGCCGAGUCCUCAGCACCAAAUGUCGCGCGGGGGUGGCCUCUAGCUACAUUACUGUGCAUACUCUGCGCGAUGCACAAGAUCAUUCCUUAAUAAAAGUCAAUUGCUAUAGGAUAAUUAAAACAAGAGAAAAAGAAAGAAAUUAAACAAAGGAGAAGAAAAAAAACACAGGAAAAAGUAAAAAAAAAAAGAUGUGUAAUAUACGUAAACGGAGAGUAAACACAAGUGGAGAAAAAGGGAGAAUUUGUGGGAGGGAGGGGGGAAUAUAUAUUAUAUACAUAUACAUAUAUAUAUAUAUAUUAAAGAACGAACAAUCACAAUGUCUUCCUUGAUUAUACCGAAAUACACGGGGGCAGCGAUUUUAUUGUCUUGCAGAAAUUUUAUAAACUCAUAUAGACGCGGCUUCUUCGUGCAACUAUUUUCGAUUGUCGCUUGUAUCAAUCGUUAUCUAUUUCGCGAAAAUAUUGUCGAAUUCCAAGGAAGAAUUCCGUUCGUUUUUCUGGUCUGUUUCGGCUCGCAAGAGUUAGAAAUGAGACCAGUGAAACGGCAAUAGGGGGAAAGAAAACGAGAUAACACGUAGUGAAUAGUAAUUCGCCGGUUAACAGUGAUUUUUUCUAAAAAGAAAAAGAUGAAAAAAAAAGAGAUAGGUAUAUACGCACGGGCGCAUUUUCCUUCUUCUCUUUCUGCUUUUUCGUCCUUUUUCUUCCUCUUCUUUUUCUCCUUCUUGUCCUUUUUCGUCUUCUCCUUCUUCUUCUUCUUCUUCUUCUUCUUCUUCUUCUUCUUCUCCUCCUCCUCCUCCUCCUCCUCCUCUUCCCUCCUUCUCUUUUUCUUCUUUGUUUUGUUUUUCUUUUUUUUCUUCUUCUCCUAACGUCGACCACGCAACAUCGAUCCGUUUACCAUCGUUCGAAAUCUCUCUGCGUAUAUCUGUGUCCUCGAUUUCAGAUUUUUUAACUACGUUGAUACGAUAUCGAAUUAAAUCGAUUUCGUACUGAACCAUCGAGUAGAAUUUAUCAGAUCCGCGAGAAAAUGGGUAUAUACGAAUAUACUUAUUGUUUCAUCGAUAAGUUAAAGAGAGUUAUCUAUCGCUAUUCGGUGAUUAUUGCGACGGGACGCGAUGGACAAAUCCGUUCAUUCGAUUGGUCUAUUAUAACGAUCGAACACGGUAUAAUGAAUGUCAAUUCGUAAAUCGAAUUUCUUGUUCGAAAUUAAGGAAUGUAAUCGUAUAGUUAUCGUUUCAAACAAAUGUUGAAGCAUUUAUCCUAUAUAGUUUAAUACUUCUAAUUUUAACAUCUGUUAUUUAAAUAUAUGAAUUUUUCUUUUAUUAAAUUGAUGUUUCGAUUUCCGAAGUACUAAAAACGAUUUAAUACGAACAAACAAAAGAAUUGAAUAUCUUUAGUGUGUUACUAUUAUUACCAUUAAACACAUUAUUCUCUUGUCAUUGCUUUCUUGUCGACAUGCAUAACCAAAGAUGAACAUUGUGAUCGAUUAUUUAACGUUUUUACAUUCCUAGUUGUAGUAUCAUGUAUGUACUCGUCAUAAAGCUAAUUUAUGUACUAAUAAUAAGUAAGAACGAAGAAUUACCUAUAUAUUUCAUAUACAUAUCGUAUAUAUGUAUGUAUAAAAAAAUAUUAUAAGUUAAAUAGAUAUGGUACAUACGAGCUUUGUAUGUGUGCAUGUGAAUAUUUUGUUUUUAAAUAUCUUACAUAUUUAUAUAUAAAACAAAAAUUAUAUACGUAUGUACUUACGUACGUUUGCUAACAGACGCUAAGUAUGUAUACCGGUAUGGAAACUGGCAUCCUAUUUACAAAUCAGAAAUUAAGACUGUUGUACCUUGUUAUCAGUAUAAUGAUAUAAUUGGUCGUAUUUGACUAUGAUAUUCGUUUAUUCUGCUAUUAACGUUUUCUUCAUUUAAUCGCUUGUUCCUCGCGCUUUUUUAUGAAACUCAUGAAUAAAAAUCGUUAAUAUAAAGCUAGUUACAUACGUUUAGUUAUACCGUGCAAUAAAACUACAAUAUACAUUAUACCUCUAUGUAUAGUACAUUAUACAGUAAUAAUAUACAUUGUAAGAACCAUUAUAUGUGUAUGACAUACAUUCUAUUACUAUGUAAUAUUAUUAGUAUGAAUUUUACAUACAUUUGUUUUACCUGAAAAAGUUUAGUACAGGUCAAAGCUGUACACUUUGUCGAUCUACAUAUAAUGUAUAGAUACAUAUGUACAUAGAGUACAAUUAUUUUUUCAAUUCUAAUUCAACUUUUAUAAAAGAUGAAUAUUAUGAAUAUUUAAUCAAAUUGGUAUUUUCUCCCUUUUUUCUUUCUUUUUUUUUUAUUUUAAAUAGACACAUAUCAGUAGAUAUACGAGAUCAUGAUCUAUUAUUAUUGAAACUCUUUAUUUGUUAUUUAAAAUAACUAAAAUCUCAGACAAUCUUUUAUAUAGAAUAAAUAAAUAAUAGUGAUAAUUAAUAAAUUAUUUAUCUGUUUAAUAACAAAAACGGCUAAAUGCAAACGAACUAAAUUAAUUAUAUUAUUAUAAUUGCUUAAUCAUGUCGAAGCAAAAGAAUGCGAAUUUCUGAUACUUAUUUUAAUCUGACUUUGUCGGACUUGCGGCAUAGUUACAUUGCACGUUAUAAUUAACCGUGUAUAGAUAACUUGAUAAAAUACGUGCACACGUAGGAUGGUCCCUUGAGAACAAAACUCGUUCGUUGCGCGACGCGUCCCAUUGCGCUAAUCCCAUAGUAGGUCCUAUUUUUAACGAAAGAGGGGAAAGCACGAAAGAAAGAAAGGAAACGUUUUAUUUUAUCACAGGGGAAGGUUUAGCUAUUCUGUCAGCACGACAAAUAGUCUAUAAAUGGCGAUCCUGAACAAGAACAGAAAAACAACAUGUAUAUUUAUAGAAUUUCCUUGCCUACGCACCGUGUUCUGCACGUCGUGUCGAUCAAUAAAGUUGUGUAUACGACGGCUUUCCGGGACAUGCCACGUGUGCACGAUUCUAAAACGCUUCCGUUCCCCUUUUUCUUCUCUUCUUUUUUUCAGUUUAACGCGUUCUGUGGAAAAGAAGAACGAGAAGAGGGAGUGAAAGUGACAGAUAGAUACAGAUAAAACGAGAGAAAGAAAGAAAGAAAGAAGGAACAAGUGCUGUGAGUGGGGGGAAGGGGACUGUUAUAUUCAUAAUGGUAAGAGUUCUUUAGCAAGUGAUAGGUACUUUCGACGUAUCGGGCAACAUAUCGUAGCGUUAUAAUUAUACAUAAAGAGUUAAUCUUUUCGAGCCUCACGGCUACUUGAUUGUCCCUGAUCUCAAGUGGCGCGCGAAUAGCUACUAGCCACUAGGCACCGUGCCGAUACAAUGCAACGGAGACGCUGACGAACGCGAAGCAGCUCUGCCCAUUAUACAGACUGAUUAUGAGUCAACCGAAACGGAAUUUAACAUGAAUAAUGAAGAUCAUUUUCAGAGUUGGUUGGACAAUGCGUACGACAUGAUUUAAACGUAAAAUAUAUAUAUGUAAAGAUUUGAAUAGUCCUUGCUUUAAAUUUAUAGAUUUUUAGGAGAGUAAAAUUUUUACAUCUAUGAUAAUGAGAUCUAAAUUUAUAUUAAUAAUUUAUAAAAUUACGCGUCUAUUUGCAGAGCAUUUAAAAUGUUAUAUCAAAUUAAAAAGACUUAAAUAUUACUUGCAAUAUAAAAUGUCUCACCUAUUAAAAAAGUAACACGAAAGAUUUGAAACAGACCAAGAUUAGUUAGUUACAAUUUGUUCAAUAUAUAUAUAUAUAUAUAUACACACAUUUACGAUAUAUUACUAUUAAAAUAUCAUUAUUUGGAUUAAUCUUGAAAAUUUUUCUAUUCGGAAAAUCUGGAAAAACUUUCUUGAUCUAACUUACAAUUCACAGAAAUCCAAGAAUCUAAAGAUAAAAAGCUUGCCAAGUAACGAGUAAUUUUACAAUUAUGCAAGUUAAUUUUAUCAUUGCGCACUAUAUGUUAAAAAUUAAUUUAAUUAUGUCGCAAUAUUUUAUUAUAUGUAAAUAUGCUGAUUACGGAGAAUAUGUAAAAUUAUAGUACAAUUUAUACGUAAUUUCGUAAUGAAAAUAUGUUUUGUUAAACCAAACAAGUGUCUACAUACUUUUAAGCCGUAGUAUGUAUUGAAAAUAAUAAUGGUACUUGUUUUUAAAAUGAUUCAGUAGUAUAAUUCAAAUGAUGCUUUUAUGUCAUUAACUUAUUAGUUACAUUUUGUACAAAAUUGAUUAAACUCAAGAUAUUAAUUAUUUACUUCGUAAUUGUAUAGACUUAUUAAAUACUUAUUAUUCGAUUUCAUAUUACUUAGGAACGUGAACGAGUUAAUAUUUGUUAAUAUUGCUUUUAACCUGUAGGGUUAUAAUUAUCAUUAGGUUUGAUCAACUUACAAAGAAGGUUUCUAUCGAUAUUACCAUAUUACAUUAGUCCCUAAACGAUUGUUUUGAAAAUUCGUAGCUUCUUUUCGUCAGUCAAUUUAUUCUAUUAUAUUAUAUAUAUUUGGCAAUAAUCGUUUAUUGUGCACUUUUAUAAAAAGUUAUUUAAUAAAGAUUAUUACAAGUUGGAUAUUAAAUAAGGUUAACGAUUAAGGGAAAAAUCUGGCAUUGGUCAAUAAAAAGUGUCAUUUAAAAAAAAAGAAACAUUUUCCCAGGGUAUAUAUAGGCAUAUGUAAGUAGUAGUGCGAUAUUCUUAAAUUUUGUCAUGAAUUUUCCAAACAACCCGAUAGAAUAGAACGUCUCCGUGGAGGUAUAACUAAAGAUUUUGUAUUGUGCACUUCAACCUUUCAGAAACUAAAUCAAUCAUACCUUUUAUUGAUUUCUUAAUUUAUCACUCUGAAAGCCGCAGAAUGGAAGACAAAAGGCGGUUGACAAUGAAUAGCGAAAAAAAGCGAAGAAACCGGCAAAUUCAGGCCGAUAGAAUAUCGUUGACAAACGAUGAAAAUGUUGUUGCUAUUCACAUUGAUGUCUUCUUUCCAAGCGUUGAUUGUAACCAUGAACGAGAUUCCAUCGAGCAAUGAUAAAGCGUUGAUCAGUCCGGCGAGAAAAGUAGCCGUGAGGAUAGUCGGCGGAGAAAUCACGAGCAUAAGAAAUUAUCCGUUUCUCGUAGGUGAAAUGCGCCCGUGAAGAUUCCUAAAUAUUAUUUAAAACUGCGGAUACGCGAGUCAUGCUCUAAUCGUCUCCAAAAUACAAAAAUAGGAAAAAUGCAGAUAGAAAAUGGCGCCAAUAAAAUAUCUAUUUACGAAAUCUUUUCAUGUCUCCAUAACAUGGUAAGAAUUAUUAUUCCUCGCGAUUUUACUAAAAUUCGUAGAGAAUAGUAGAAAAUAUGUACGUUAUUUAAACUGUUUCCUAUUAACGGAAUUGAUCAAGGUAAAAGUAGGGGGGGAGUAUAUACUAAUGGUGAUCUGAAAAAGAGGGUUAAGUAAUAAUUUAGGAGCGUAUAGUGUCUAUAUAAAAGUAAGAAAGUCAGUAUGAAAGUAAGAAGUAUUUUAUCGAUAUAGGUACAAAUUAAUCUUGGAACAAUCUUAUCCGUGAAAAUUGACGAGAAGAAUACUUAAUCAGAGUUACAAUUCGUAUAAAUCUGGAGAAAGUGUUUUAUUGACUUACAUAUGUACAUAAAUAGGUACCCCUGACCAAAUUAACCCUGGAAACGAGGACAAAAUUCGAUAUAAAUUCAUAAUUUCCAGAAUAGUCACAAUUCUAUUCUAAAAUAUAUAUAAUCUUCGUCCAAGUUGAAGAUAUACUUGUAGAGGAAUACUUAUUAUGUUAAAUAGAAAACUAGGAUAAAAUCUGCCUUGAAACGAACACUGAUGAGAUGAGUCGAUAAAGAAUAUUUCAAAAUGUUUAGAGUUUCGAGUAUCUUCCUACGAAUUAAAUGUACCAAUUCUCGUCGAAACAAUCUUCAUCCAUAACCGGAUCUAAUAUCUCUUUCAAGAUUAAUUUGCAGACCUAUGUACAAUUAUAUUGAUAAUAUAAUUAAACCGCAGAUAUUUAUGCAAAUGCAUAUUUUUAUGAAUAUAAUUAAAGAAGUACAAUUUAUGUGCAGAGUUGUUUUGUUUACUAAAUAUUAUAAUUUUAUAUAUAUAUUUACGCGUCAUGUGCAUUCUACGUAUUUUUGUAUCUUCACAUUUCCUAUGAAUGCAUAAAAGUUUGCAAUUUAUUAAUAAUAGUGUUCUUCUCACUUUAAUAGAUAGUAUACGCACCAAAAUUAUUUAUUAUAUCUCUCAUUUUCAUUCAUCUCUGUAGCAAACAGUUCUUCGAUUAGUUCUGAAAGUCUUAGGUUGUUCGAAAGUUGAUAGCGAGAUGCAUAAAAAAAGUAAUCAAAAAGAAAUAAUUAGCAUUUUGUUGAAUGUUUAUUUACUAUUCUAUUUUAUAUGACAUUUUACUAUCUAUUGAGUAGCCUCGAUUAUUUUUCAAGAAGGUUUUUCGUCUCUUUUGAUAAUGAAUUCUUUCAAGUUACGACGUAUUAAAAAUUUUUGUGAAAACUAAAAUAAAUGGUGUCCUUAAUUCAUCCGAAUUAGUUUAUUUUCUAGCUGAGGUUCGAUGCUUUUUACUAUAACCUGUUCUUGUUAAAAAACGAUUUCUAAUUGACUAUAUUUUCUAAAUGUUUCUCUUUAACUACUACAUUUAAUGAUCGGUUAAGAGCAGUAUUUCUUUGAAUUUUCUAUUAUAUUAUAUAAAUUGUUCGUGAAGUUGACAGCAAAAUUUCAAAAACGUUUCAUGACGAUCUGUUCUUAUAGGAUUAUUAUGGAAUGUUAUUUUAUUAUGUUGCAUGUAUAUCCGUCGUUCUAUUUUCCGUUUGUUCUAAAUUUAGUUGCUCCAAGUAAUAUUUUUAGGUUUAUAGAGAAUUCAAUUUUUUGGAAAUCAAGCAAUUUUCUAAAGCCUAGAAUAUAUGAUAAGCGAAUGGUGCUACAUUUGGUGAAUAUAUGUUUUCAAUUAAAGUCUAAUAUAUUUUGCCUCUUCUUGAUCGAUAUAUCGAUGAAUGCAGGAUUUUUCUCUUCGAUAAGGAAUUUUAUCAAAUAUAUACGUACUAUAUAACAGAGUAUUAGUAUCUAUCUAUUGGAAGGCUGAGAAUUAUAUUGUUGUAAGUCAAUCCAUUGUCAUUUUCCACAACAUAGUGUUCUACAUUUAUUGUUCUAAUAUUUAUUUCAUUUUUUAAAUGAUAAAAGUGUAUUCAGGCAAAGAACAAAGACACAGCUUCGUUAACUACGGAACUAAUGGGACAAUACUUGGAAGAGCUGAAAUGUGUGAUUAAAUCGAGAUUCCUAAAAUCUUGACUUACAUCGUGUUAUGAUAUUGCGAACAUUUCGAACAACCUAAUAAAGGAAUUGUGAAUGUUUAAUAUUUAUGCAAGUUCAUAUUUUUACGAAUAUAAUUAAAAAAUUGGGACAUGAGUAAGAAAUUGUUUUACCUGUUAAAUAUUCUAGAAAAUAUUCUAUGCUUUGGGUAAUUUAUAUAUUUUUGCAUAUUAUGUGCAUUUAGUGCAUUUUGCAUCUUCAAAUUUCUUAUAAACGCAUAAAUGUACGUUAGGAUAAGGAAUUUCUUCGGAGACGAUUAGAGUGUACGUUGUAAGUAUCCGGGUUCUAUCGGUAAGAAGUAAAGGUUCGCUGAUGACGAAACCGAAUUUUCAAUGUCAAUUUCUCAUAGGUCUCGGUCCAACGGCGACACUUUAGUCAUGUCUGCGGAGGUACUUACAUAGCACCGAGAUUCAUUUUGUCCGCCGCUCAUUGCAUGGUCAGGUGCGUUCUAAUUGUAAGACUGCGACACAUACAUAUGUAGGUAUGUAUACAGUCUAUGGCUCUUAUCCCUAAAAUGGUAGCAAAGUAUCGCCAGUACUGGAUAUCUUAACCGACAGAUUAAUAAAAAUAUU